AUGAACUUUCAAGCGAGGCUCUUGGCCAGCUGUGGGGUCAGGAUGCUGCCGCAGCCCUGGCGGUUCUUCUCCCGGGCUGCAGAGGACGUGGCAUGGCAGAGGAUCCGGAAGGUCCUGUGCGUAGCUGAGAAGAACGAUGCUGCCCGAGGGAUUGCAGAACUGCUCUCCAACAGCAGGAUGCGACGGCGAGAAGGGUUUUCCAAGUUCAACAAGAUCUAUGAAUAUGACUACCAGAUGUUUGGCCAGAACGUUACAAUGGUGAUGACAUCUGUGUCAGGACAUCUACUGGCUCAUGAUUUUAAGAUGCCCUUUCGCAAAUGGCACAGCUGCAACCCUCUAGCUCUUUUUGAUGCUGAAAUUGAGAAGUAUUGCCCUGAAAACUACGUGGACAUCAAGAGAACUCUUGAACGAGAAGUGCAGCAGUGUCAGGCACUGGUGAUCUGGACUGACUGUGAUCGAGAAGGAGAGAACAUUGGCUUUGAGAUCAUCCACGUCUGCAGAGCUGUAAAGCCAAGCCUGCAGGUGUUCCGAGCCCGUUUCUCAGAGAUCACACUUCAUGCAGUCAGGACAGCCUGCGAGAACCUCACCCACCCUGAUCAAAAAACCAGCGACGCCGUGGACGUCAGGCAGGAGCUGGACCUCAGGAUAGGUGCUGCCUUCACCAGAUUCCAGACGCUGCGGCUCCGGAAGAUCUUCCCUGAUAUUUUAGCAGAUCAGCUGAUCAGCUACGGCAGCUGCCAGUUCCCAACCCUGGGCUUUGUGGUUGAACGCUUCAAAGCCAUCCAGGCUUUCGUUCCUGAAGCCUUCUAUAAAAUUAAAGUUACUCAUGAUCAGGAAGAUGGCAGCGUGGUCUUCAACUGGAAGAGGAACAGACUCUUCAAUCACACAGCGUGCCUGGUUCUUUACCAGAUGUGUAUGGAGGAUCCAGUAGCAACUGUUGUUGAGGUUGCCAGCAAGCCAAAGAGCAAGUGGAGACCUCUGCCCCUGGACACUGUGGAACUUGAGAAGUUAGCUUCCCGCAAACUGAAAAUAAAUGCGAAGGAAACCAUGAGAAUAGCAGAAAAACUUUAUACCCAGGGGUUCAUUAGCUACCCUCGAACUGAGACCAACAUUUUCCCCAAGGAGCUGAACCUCUCUGCCUUAAUACAACAGCAGACACAGGACCCGAACUGGGGGGCAUUUGCACAGAGGAUUCUGGAUCAGGGUGGGCCAACUCCUCGGAGUGGAGCCAAGUCAGAUCAGGCUCACCCUCCCAUUCACCCCACAAAGUACACUGCUAGCCUUCAGGGCAAUGAGCAGAGGUUGUAUGAAUUCAUUGUGCGCCAUUUUCUGGCUUGCUGCUCCGAAGAUGCCAAGGGACAGGAGACAACUGUGGAGAUUGACAUUGCCAACGAACGAUUCAUCGCUCAGGGACUCAUGAUCCUGGCCCGAAAUUAUUUGGAGGUCUAUCCCUAUGAGAAGUGGAGUGACAAGGUUAUCCCAGUGUAUCAGAAAGGGUCUCGCUUUCAGCCCACUACAGUGGAGAUGGUGGAUGGGGAAACCAGCCCUCCAUUGCUCCUCACAGAAGCGGAUCUCAUUGCUCUCAUGGAGAAACAUGGCAUUGGGACGGAUGCCACUCAUGCCGAGCACAUUGAGACCAUCAAGACACGGAUGUACGUUGGCCUCACAGCGGAUCAGCGCUUCCUGCCCGGCCACCUGGGCAUGGGGCUGGUAGAAGGUUAUGAUUCCAUGGGCUAUGAGAUGUCGAAGCCUGACCUUCGAGCUGAGCUGGAGGCUGAUCUGAAACUGAUCUGUGAGGGGAAGAAAGACAAAUCUGUAGUGUUGCAGCAGCAGGUUCAAAAGUACAAGCAAGUCUUCAUCGAAGCUGUGGCCAGAGCCAACAAGCUGGACCAGGCCCUGGCUCAGUAUUUUGGAGAAGCUGCAGAAAUUGUAGAGCAAGAGGAGGUCUACCCAGCAACACCUGCUGCCAUCCGGAAGUGUCCACAGUGCAACAACGACAUGGUCUUGAAGACCAAGAAGAAUGGCGGGUUCUAUCUCAGCUGCACAGGCUAUCCAGCUUGCAAAUCUGCAGUUUGGUUUCCUGAUUUCGUGCUGGAUGUGACCAGGGAUGAGAGCAUCUGUGAUGUGUGUAAACCACAUCCAGUUCACAGGCUGAAGUUCAAAUUCAAGAGAGGCAGCGUUCCCCCCAUCGUGCCCCUGGAGCUAGUUGGCUGCAUCGGAGGCUGCGAUGAGAUGCUAAAGGAGCUCCUGGACCUGAAGUACUCACAGAAGCCGUCCAUGCCCGCAGCGUCAGCCAGCCAGCCAGCUCAUCACCUGCAGGCCAACAGCUCCAUUAACAGAGCUAGUGGUGAAAACAGGCCUGUGAGGGGGACCACAAACCAGACAGCAGGACACCUGCUCCUCACCAGCUCAACGAGGCCACCCAGGCCUGCUCCUCCGGCUGCCGGGAACGACGCAGUGAUGUGCAACUGUGGGAAGGAAGCCCUGCUCCUGACAGUGCGCAAAGAAGGCCCCAACCAGGGCAGGCAGUUCUACAAGUGCAGUGCCAGCACCUGCAACUUCUUCCUCUGGGCUGAUCAGCAGGCAGAGGACAGAAGCAGGGCGGCUCCACGGCACUCUGCACAGCCCCAGCCCUUGGCAGGAGGGGGCCCAGCAGGAUUGCAGCGCCCGGGAGGAGGGAGAGGCCCAGAGCCCUUUGGAAGCAGCAGCUCUGAUCUGGGAGGCAGCACAGUCUGCAACUGUGAGCAGCCAGCUGUCACACGCACGGUGCAGAAGGAGGGGCCCAACAAGGGGAGGCAGUUCCACACUUGCCCCAAGCCCCGGGAGCAGCAGUGUGGCUUCUUCCAGUGGGCAGAUGAAAAUGUGGCACCAGGGCCUUCUGGAGAUGUCUCCGUAAACUUUGGGCCCAGUGGAUACUCAAGAGGGUUGGGAAGUAAAGCCAAGAGACCAGACAAUUUCUCCUCAGGAGGCACUGCCAAGAAACCACGGACCUGUGGCAUCUGCCACCAGCCUGGCCACACUAGGAAAACCUGCCCUCAGAACCACUGAGCCUGGAAGAACCUCUCAAGAGCUUGAAAGGGCCAGGGUUGGGAGCUGCUACAGGGACA